UGGUGGUUAGAUAAUAUUGUCCUCUAGCUUACACCCCCUUCAAAAUGCGCUCGCCCAGAGGCUGAAAGCAGCUGGCGACGUCAGAAAAUGUCAGUCUGUCGGAGAAAAUAGACGAGGAGCCGUCCGUGCGUCUACCAAUUUAGCCUUAUGACGCAACAGGAAUUAAUCGCUGUGUGUUGAGAAGGGACAGCCAUGUCUGACGAUUCCUCGUCUUCGUCAGCCUCUGAGGGCCAAGAUGGAAUCGUUCGUCGCAACUUGUCUGAAACUGUUCUCAACGAGGAGUCACUUGGAAACAAAUUUGACCCCUAUAAGACCUUAGAGAGGUCACAGUCCGACGCCUCAUUGGUCAAGGACUGUAGCGAAGUUCGCUUCAUGCUUAAUGAAGGCGUGCAAAGCCAAAAGAGCACACACCAUGCACGUGUGCAUCAUGAGAGUCACAUCAAGAGAGUCUCAGAAUCCUCCAAGGUUUAUUAUGACCUGUCCAAGGCCAGUGGUGAAGAGGAUCCAGAGGCUGGGCUUAAAAUACGCCGAGAAAACAUGGCCCAAGGAUCGGCCUCUGGGGUUAAGUUUUCAUUAGAGACAAUUCCGCAGAAGGAGGAGUUAAAAAUAAAAAGCUCUCACCGCAGUUUAUCCAGUGAUAGUAAUGAUUCCUGUAGCGGAAGCACAGAAAACUUGGGUGGGGCAUCAAAAGUGUCGUCUCAGGAGAAGUGUCAGAAAACGUACUACACUGCUGCUGUGACGUACUCCCAUGGUGGACACAGUUCUGUCCUUGAGCAACAGGCGCAGAAAAAACGCAGCAAUUUCAAAGCGCUGAUGCAGUCCUCUUCUGCUGUGAUGAGGCAAAAAGUGACAGUGUUGGUUAAAACGACAGACUCUAAGACACAGCAAGAAGCAAUGAAAGAGAUGCUGAACCUGAUAGAAAAUGCUUGGGCGACGCCUGUGUGCGGGCGCGACCUGGCAUAUGGCCUAAGUGAUGUGAUUCGCACUGAAGGCGGGCUGGACAUUAUCAUAAAGAACUGUUCCAUGACUAGCGAAAAGGAUGAGUGCCGAGAUCGUGAUCUCUUGAAAAUGUCGGCGUUUCUCCUCGAUCAGAUUAUGACGACAGAGAAUCGACACCAUGUGGUGCAGGUAGGCUUAAAGGGAGUGGUCACCAUGGCAGUGCACUUUAAACAGGACACUGAGAUGGCUCAGGCGCUCACUGGAAUACUGGAGAGCCUGUUUAAACAUUCACGAGAGGCGUGUCGUGAUGUUUUGCGUCUGGGUGGCUUGGAUGUGAUCUUAUACUGGUGCAGGACGUCCGACUGCACCACGCUGCGACACUGCGCCAUUUCGCUGGCUAACUUAGCCAUCUACAGCGGCAGGGAAAACCAGCUAGAGAUGAUCGAACAGAACGUACCGGAUUGGUUAUUUCCCUUGGCCUUCUCAGAAGACGACAGUGUGAGAUAUUAUGCCUGUUUGGCGAUUGCGACUCUGGUGACAAACAAAGAGAUCGAGGCAGAAGUGCUAAAGUCAGGAACCAUGGAACUGGUUCUGCCCUUCAUUUCGUCUCACAAACCUUCUGAGUUCGCGAACUAUGACAGCUCCCAUGUGCACGGACGCUCCAAAUCCUGGCUACGCAGACUGGUACCAGUGCUGUCCAGCAAGAGGGAGGAAGCUCAGUCGUUGGCUGCUUUCCACUUUGCUAUGGAGGCUGGAAUCAAGGCUAACCAGAAUAAAACAGAUAUAUUUUAUGAUAUAGGAGCAAUAGAACCAUUGAAGAAGUUGGCCAGCAGUCCUAAUGAAACUGCGUCCAAGCUGGCAGCGGAGGCUCUUCAGAUUAUCGGGGAGCGAGUGCCCCAUCAGCUGAAGCAGCAGGUGCCCGUGUGGACAGUGGAUGAUGUGGUCUAUUGGGUAUCCCAGGUUGGGUUUGAGGAGUUCGCAGACGAGUUCCAGGACUGCCACGUUGAUGGUGACCUUCUCCUCCUGAUGACAGACAUGGAUCUCAAGGACAGUGUUGGAAUGGUCAAAAGUAUCACCAGGAAACGAUUUCUACGGGAACUUAUGGAUUUAAAAAUUACAGCCAGCUACGCAUCAUGUGAUCAAACAAAGCUUGAUGAUUGGUUGAUCAGUGUAGAUAAAGAGUUUUCCAUCUACACGUAUCAGAUGCUACAGAGUGGUGUAGAUCGGGAUCAUUUACGCUGGCUUACAGAUGAGAAUCUCCGGGAAGACUGUCAAAUCAAGAACGGAAUCCACCGCAGAAAAAUCAUGGACAGUAUUCGGGGUCUAACAUCACCAGUUUUCCCCAGUUACUCCUGUGACCCAGAAGGGGAGAGCACCAUCCAGAAAUGUAUAGACGUCUUCAUCAGCUACAGACGCUCCAAUGGGUCUCAGCUAGCCAGCUUACUGAAGGUGCACUUACAGUUACGAGGCUUUUCAGUAUUUCUUGACAUAGAACGCCUGAGGGCUGGUAAAUUUGAUGAGGGGCUGUUGAAAUGGGUGAGAUCUGCCAAACACUUCAUCCUGGUCCUCACACCGAAUGCCCUGGACCGCUGUGUCGGAGACGAGGACUGUAAAGACUGGGUGCACAAGGAGGUGGCAGCUGCCCUAGAUGGAGGUUGUAACAUUGUCCCUCUUUACUCUGACUUCCAUUUCCCCCCUGCGGAAUCUCUGCCUGAGGAUAUACGAUCUAUAUGCUCUUUCAAUGCAAUCAGAUGGAUCCAUGAUUAUCAGGAUGCCUGUGUGGAUAAACUGGAGUCUUUUCUGCGAGGGGAUUACGAUAGCGUCAAUGCCUUGUCCCCUCAGAUAAUGACGCAGGCGCCGUCGUACGGAGACAGUUCCCACGGAAUGCCCUCCAAGCCGAUGGAAAACGCAUGUCCCAAUAACACAUCAUCAUAAAACAUGUUACCUUAGGUGAAGUUACGAAUUGUGAUAAUAUGCUGAAGUAAAACAAAUUUCAUACAUAUACAAGUGUUAUUGCAUGUAGCUUUAUUUUGGAAAGACGAAAUGGUUUAUAAAUGUAUAUUAGGUCUCGGAACCCCCAUCUCCACCCACCCCCACCCCCACCCACAGCAAUAAUUUACUUUCAAUUUGAAACCUUUAUAUAAGGUUGAAGAUACAUAUAUUAUUUUGUCUUGACCUUCCAUAAUAUGAUUGUUUGGGUUUCCAGUAAUGUUUGG